AGCGUGUUAAAGCGCCGAGCUGCUGAACUUCCAGACAGAAAGAUCGCAGGUUCGAAUUUGGGGAAGCGGAGUAAGCACCUGCUGUUAGCUCCAGCUUCUGCCAACCUAGCAAUUCGAAAACAUGCAAAUGGCUCCAUUCUGGGACCGGAUGCAGUAGAGGAAGACCCCGACCCCUAAGAGGUGACGAUGAUGCUGCUGCUGCAGCUGCGCUUGUCUGGGGCGCGGCGCCCCCUGCUGUCCCUCCGCAGGGCCUGCCGAUGUCCGGCCGCCUUGCGCAGCUCUGGCCGGACGGAGUACCAGCCCAUCCGGAAGGUCAUGGUGGCCAACAGAGGGGAGAUCGCCAUCCGCGUCUUCCGCGCCUGCACGGAGCUGGGCAUCCGGACGGUGGCCGUCUACUCGGAGCAGGACACGGGGCAGAUGCACCGGCAGAAGGCGGACGAGGCCUACCUCAUCGGGAGGGGGCUGCCCCCCGUCCAGGCCUACCUCCACAUCCCAGACAUCAUCAAGGUCGCCAAGGAGAACGAGGUGGACGCCAUCCACCCCGGGUACGGCUUCCUCUCGGAGCGCGCGGACUUUGCCCAGGCCUGCCUGGAGGCCGGCGUGCGGUUCAUCGGCCCGAGCCCCGAGGUGGUGCGCCAGAUGGGCGACAAGGUGGAGGCGCGCGCCCUGGCCAUCUCCGCAGGGGUGCCGGUGGUGCCCGGGACGGAGGCGCCCAUCUCCUCUCUGAACGAGGCCCAGGAGUUCUCCAAGAGCUACGGCUUCCCCAUCAUCUUCAAGGCCGCCUUCGGGGGCGGAGGGCGCGGGAUGCGCGUGGUGCGCUCCUACGAGGAGCUGGAGGAGAACUACACGCGUGCCUUCUCGGAGGCUCUCUCGGCCUUUGGCAACGGCGCUCUCUUUGUGGAGAAGUUUGUGGAGCGGCCCCGGCACAUCGAGGUCCAGAUCCUGGGGGACCGGUAUGGGAACGUGGUGCACCUGUACGAGCGGGACUGCUCCAUCCAGCGCCGGCACCAGAAGGUGGUGGAGAUCGCUCCGGCCGCCCACCUGGACUCCCAGCUGCGCUCCCGGCUGACCAAUGACGCCGUCCGGCUGGCCAAGCAGGUGGGCUACGAGAACGCGGGGACGGUGGAGUUCCUGGUGGACCGGCAGGGGAAGCACUACUUCAUUGAGGUCAACUCCCGCCUCCAGGUCGAGCACACCGUCACCGAGGAGAUCACCGAUGUGGACCUUGUCCACGCGCAGAUCCACAUCUCGGAAGGGAAGAGCCUGCCCGAGCUGGGCCUCAAGCAGGACAGCCUCCGCAUCAACGGCUGCGCCAUCCAGUGCCGCGUCACCACCGAGGACCCCGCGCGGGGCUUCCAGCCGGACACCGGGCGCAUCGAGGUCUUCCGCAGUGGCGAAGGGAUGGGCAUCCGGCUGGACAGCGCCUCGGCCUUCCAGGGAGCGGUCAUCUCCCCGCAUUACGACUCCCUGCUGGUCAAGGUCAUCGCCCACGGGAAGGACCACCCCACGGCCGCCUCCAAGAUGAGCCGCGCCCUGGCCGAGUUCCGCAUCCGCGGCGUCAAGACCAACAUCCCCUUCCUGCAGAACGUUCUGGGCCACGACCAGUUCCUCCGCGGGACGGUGGACACGCAGUUCAUUGACGAGAACCAGGACCUGUUCAACCUCCGUCCGGGGCAGAACCGGGCCCAGAAGCUGCUCCAUUACCUGGGCCACGUCAUGGUCAACGGCCCGCUGACCCCGAUCCCGGUCAACGUCCGGCCCUCGCCCACCGACCCCACCAUCCCCUCGGUCCCUCUGGGGCCUCCCCCGCAGGGCUUCCGGGACGUCUUGCUGCGCGAGGGCCCCUCGGGGUUCGCCCGGGCCAUCCGGCAGCACAAGGGGCUCCUGCUGAUGGACACCACCUUCCGGGACGCCCACCAGUCCCUGCUGGCCACCCGCGUGCGCACCCACGACCUCAAGCGCAUCGCCCCCUUCGUGGCACACAACUUCAGCCGCCUCUUCAGCCUCGAGAACUGGGGCGGGGCCACCUUCGACGUGGCCAUGCGCUUCCUGUACGAGUGCCCCUGGCGCCGCCUGCAGGAGCUGCGCGAGCUCAUCCCCAACAUCCCCUUCCAGAUGUUGCUGCGCGGGGCCAACGCCGUGGGGUACACCAACUACCCAGACAACUCUGUCUUCAAGUUCUGCCAGGUGGCCAAGGAGAACGGGAUGGACAUCUUCCGGGUGUUUGACUCCCUCAACUACCUUCCCAACAUGCUGCUGGGGAUGGAGGCGGCCGGCCAGGCAGGGGCCGUGGUGGAGGCGGCCAUCUCCUACACGGGGGACGUCUCUGACCCUGGCCGAAGCAGCAAGUACACGCUGGACUACUACCUGGGUCUGGCCGAGGAGCUGGUCAAGGCCGGCACACACAUCCUGGCCAUCAAGGACAUGGCGGGUGUCCUGAAGCCGCAGGCGGCCACGCUGCUGGUGGGGGCCCUGCGGGAGCGCUUCCCCAACUUGCCGCUCCACAUCCACACUCACGACACCUCCGGGGCCGGAGUGGCCUCCAUGCUGGCCUGCGCCGCCGCCGGGGCCGACAUCGUGGACGUCGCUGUGGAUGCCAUGUCGGGGAUGACCUCCCAGCCCAGUAUGGGCGCCAUGGUGGCUUGCACCCGUGGGACGCAGCACGACACAGGCAUCCAGAUGGAGCGGGUCUUUGAUUACAGCGACUACUGGGAGAUGGCCCGGGGCCUCUACGCCGCCUUCGACUGCACGGCCACCAUGAAGUCCGGCAACGCCGACGUCUACGAGAACGAGAUCCCCGGCGGGCAGUACACCAACCUGCACUUCCAGGCCCACAGCAUGGGGCUGGGCAGCAAGUUCAAGCAGGUCAAGAAGGCCUACGUGGAGGCCAACAAGCUCCUGGGGGACCUCAUCAAGGUGACCCCCUCCUCGAAGAUUGUGGGCGACUUGGCCCAGUUCAUGGUCCAGAACAACUUGAGCCGGGAGGAAGUGGAGGCCCAGGCGGAUGAGCUCUCCUUCCCGGUUUCUGUGGUGGAGUUCCUGCAGGGAUACAUUGGCAUCCCCCACGGAGGGUUCCCGGAGCCUUUCCGCUCCAAGGUGCUGAAGGACCUCCCGCGGGUGGAGGGCCGUCCGGGGGCCUCGCUGCCGCCGCUGGACUUUGCUGCCUUGGAGCGCGAGCUGUGCGAGCGGCACAAGGAGGAGGAGAUCACCCCCGAGGACGUGGUCUCGGCCGCCAUGUAUCCCAAGGUCUUCCACGAGUUCAAGGACUUCACCGCCAACUUCGGCCCCGUCGAGUGCCUCAACACCCGCCUCUUCCUGCAGGGGCCCAACAUCGCGGAGGAGUUCGAGGUGGAGCUGGAGCGCGGGAAGACCCUGCACAUCAAGGCGCUGGCGCUGGGCGACCUGAACCGGGCCGGGCAGCGCGAGGUCUUCUUUGAGCUCAACGGGCAGCUGCGCUCCAUCCUGGUCAAGGACACCCAGGCCAUGAAGGAGAUGCACUUCCACCCCAAAGCGCUGAAGGACGUGAAGGGCCAGGUGGGGGCCCCGAUGCCGGGCAAGGUGGUGGAGGUGCGUGUGGCGGAGGGGGCGGCCGUGGAGAAGGGCCAGCCGCUCUGCGUCCUGAGCGCCAUGAAGAUGGAGACCGUGGUCAACUCCCCCCUCAGCGGGACCGUCAAGAAGAUCCACAUCAAGGUCGAUGCCAGCCUGGAGGGGGACGACCUCCUCAUGGAGAUCGAGUAGCCCGGCCGGGGGCCACUCCACCCCAACUGCUUCCUUCCUCGCGGGGUGCCUGGGGGGGGGCCACUUCACCCCUCCCCGUUCCAUUGGGACAGAGGGCCGCUUCACCCCUCCUUCCCACAGGGCGGAAAGGGAGCACCUGAAAGGCCACUUCACCCCAUCCUUCUCCCCAUAGGGCUGAAGAACUUCACCCUGCUCCUUCCCCAUGGGGAUGAAAGGGAGUAGCUCACAGGCCACUCCACCCCAUGGGGGUAGAAAGGGAGGAGCCAAAGGGCCACCUCACCCCUCCUCCCCACGGGGCGGAAAGGGAGCACUCGAAGGGCCACUUCAUCCCAUCCUUCUCCCCAUAGGGUGAAAGGUCAAUUCAUCCACCAGACUUCCCCCAUGGGCUGAAGGACUUCACCCUGUUCCCCAUGGGGACGAAAGGGAGUAGCUCACAGGCCACUCCACCCCCAUGGGGGUAGAAAGGGAGGAGCCAAAGGGCCACCUCACCCCUCCUCCCCAUGGGCUGACAGGUUGCUUCACCCCCUCCCUCCCCACGGGGCAGAAAGGAAUAGCUGAAGGGCCACUUCACCCCCCGUGACGGGAGGGAGGGUGUUGCCGUGGCAGCCUCCCUUCCUGGGACCAAUGUUGCAAGUGCUUCCUUCCUUCCUUCCUCUUGCGCUUCGCUUUCCCUUCCCGGUCAGGAAUUCCAGGCUUUGCACAACCUUCUUUCUGUUGGAGGAAAGAGGCUUUUCCCCUUCCUUCCCCCAGUUCAAGUUGCCAAAUGUCUCAUUUGUAGCGAAGGAAGAGGCCUCUGUGGAGGCUGCAAAAGGAAAGCAAGUGAGCAAGUGCACACCCCUUUCAAGUGCCGUUUACAGGUUGUUUGCCGACUUCUCGGCGAGGGAGCAAAACUGAAACCCGCCCGUUUCCCCUGCUGCAAAAUGAGCCCGGAAGGAGGGAGGGAGGAGGACUCUCUACGGAGACUUUCAUGGACAAUAAUCAAAACCAGAACACGCCAGGGGAGGGGAGGCACCGCAGCCCCCUCCUCCCUCUCGGCCGCCUUCCAUUUACGCUGAAUGUACAGACGGGGUUCUUUCCCAUAAAGGAAUCCCUGACAAACA